AUGAGUGCUGUUCGGGUUCAAAUACGUCUAAAAUAUAUGUUUGAUGAUAAUUCAACAAAAGAAUUUCAUAACUUUUGGUAUGCUUUUGAACCAUCAAAAUUGUUAACAAUCGGUGAUAUAAUCGAAGAUAUUCGAUCAAAUUAUAUAGAAAAUCAAAUAUCUCUGUGCAUAGAGGGAAAAGAUGAUGAACAAAUAUUUCUUAUUCAUCUUAAUGAUUGUCAAUUAUUACCAUUUACUUCUAGUCAAAUUAUACGUGAUAAUGAUCAACUUACCUUUAUGCCAUUAAAAAACUUCAGGUUACAGCAUAAAUCAUUUCAAGAUUCAGUUAAUCUUAAUUUAUCUUGCUCUAUUGCCAUUCAAACACCGCCACCACCACCACAAUCCACUCUAUCCGAAAAUAGUCAUGAACAUCAACGCAUCGAAUCCGUGAAAAAUUAUGUUCCAUUACAAUCAACAAUUUCAAAGUCGAUUGAAAAUAUCGAUGAACAAUCAUCGAAAAAGAAAAUAAAAACUAAAUCCAAUGAAAAUCAAGUUAUGAUUCCACCAAUCAUUCGAUCUGUAACUAGGCCACCAUCGGAAGUACAGUCAAUAUCACCAAUAAUACAACCAACACCUGCAGUAUCUCAACAAACACCAUCAGUAGUAAAGUCAACACCAUUGAUAUCAGAGACAACAACACCUGUAUUAAAGGAACAUAUUGUUGAAGAAGAAACUACUUCAGAACAACCCUUAUCACUUUCAUCAACCAAUGUUCGUAUUCGAAAUUUAAAGUCUAAAACGCCAGCAUGGAAAUCACAAACACCACCUUCGCAAGGCAGUGUAAAAGACAAGCUUCAUGUUCGAUUCGAUUCUGACAGCGAUGAAGAACCGAUAUCACAAAUACAAAUUACUGAUGAAGAGAAAACAUCAAUAACAAUAUUACCUCUAGUCAAUGAUAGUAAUAGUUCAGUUCGUAUACAUUACGUUCCAACAAUAACAAAAACAACAGAUGUAGCUAAAAUAUCAGAUGAAGCAAAAAAUUCAAAAAAAACUGUUGAUCUCUUAUUUGAAAUGAAACAACAUAAAACUCCUGAAGAGCGUCAAGCAAAAAAAAUAAAACAGCAAUUUUCUAAAAAACGUUCACAACAUAAAAAACGAGCGUUAGAUUAUUUUUCGAUGGCAAAUUUUGUUGAUCAAGCAUUUGGUAUUGAUAAAAAUGAACUUGAAAAACAGAUAUCACCAAAUGGAUAUCAUGCAUCAUCUUCUAAUACUCCACAAACGUUGCCAACAUCAUUUAAUAAAUUAGCUCGAUUACCACUUGUGGCUGAAGCCAUUGAAAACAAUGACAAAAUUUAUGAUCUUUAUCCACCAGUUGAACAAUGUCCAGCUAUUCAAACACGCAUUGCGUUCAAGUUACUUGAGUUAGGAGAAGAUUUUUGUCCAAAAAUGUCAACAUUUAAAGAAGGAACUGUAAUGAAUGUAGAUCAAACUACGGGUGAAUUAACUAUUCAACUUGAUAAACCAUUUCAAACAGUUUUUGAUCAACCAUCAAAAUUCUAUGCACCAUCAGAAGAACAAUUAUCAACAGAAGAUUUGACAAAUAUUGUUCUACCAUUUUCUGAUCUCAAUUCGGUUCGAUUAUUACCAACAACAAAUGACCAUAGUACAGCAUAA